AUGACGCGCGUGAUUGUCGAGAAAGGGAUACGAGAGGGCACUUUCUAUUUCCAUGGCCCCGACGGCUUCUCAUACCAUUUUAACAAAUUUAUGAGAGGAGGCCGCGCUUCAUUGAGGGUGCACCCCGUUGCUGCCGCUCAUUGGCACUUUGUGAAACUGAGACCAUCUAUGGAUAGAGCCAGGGCAUCGACACUCCCUCCCAUACCUCACACCCUUAGUGAGCUUGCUGCUGUUCUAGAGGAUCAACAGUAUUCCUUUCUUACAAAGACGCUUGAUUCUGAAGAUUUCAUCUUCUUGGGGAAGUUUGGACAGACUAGGGACCGGACCAGGGUACUGAUUUUCAUUUCAAGGCGACUGAUGGCUUUUAUGAGUCGCAUGAAAGAAGUAAUGAGCGACGCCACAUUCUCAAGUGUUCCCGCAGCGUUGGAUUGUGCCCAAGUGUGGACAAUCCUAGCCCUACGCCGAAAUCAUAUUGUUCCUUUGGUUAGAGUUCUUAUGCAAAGCAAACUUCAAGCAUGCUACACUGUAGCAUUGACAGCAUUAAAAACAGCAAUGCCAACAUUUAAUCCCAGGAAAGUGAACUGUGACUUUGAAACUGCUCAAAGCAAUGCUUGGCUGGAAGUAUUUCCCCACAUUGAAGUCAAUGGCUGCCUCUUUCACAGCUCAAAGGCUAUUGCUGGUCAUGCCAAGAGCAUUGGACUUGCUAUUAUCAUACGAGACAAUGAGGAGGUGGAUAAGGCUCGAUGA